CUGAUGCAGAGCUCUCCUUCCUGUCCGGUCUGAUAGGGUCGAGGUUGCCACUGUAUUCGCAAGCGACAGCGCCAUCUUGCGGCGGAAACAAGCCCAGCGGACCUUUGACGGCCAUUUUCCAAGCCAAUCGGAGUCCAUGCUGCUCGUCUUAUCCUUGGCCAGCCACGGCGCCAAGUCGUGGUGCGGUUCCGCGUCUCCCUUCUACAGCAAACGAUCAUCGUCAUCGUUGCGAAGAUCGACCGCACUGUGCUGGCUUUUGUUUUCUCCUCAGUCACUCUCCACACGAGGCAUCGGCGAACAACGGCAAACGACAAAAGCACAGAUUCGCUCUCGCAAAUUCUGCAACUUUCGUUCACGUGUGGCGCGGAGGCUUGUAGUUCCCGUAGAGCGUGCCAACGUAGCGAGAAAGGUGCGCGGUCGGGCGGAAAGUCAGGAGGAAUUCUUUCCUCCGCUUAAAAUCCGGCGCGCUCGAGACAAGGCUGCGCGGCGCAAGGCAUUUUCAAGGCAAGCAGCUAGUAGCCACAUAAGCAACCUUCAACGUCGGGCUUGGACUGCCGAGGCGGCCUGAGCGAAUUUCGGACACUAGGACGAGUGGAGCCUUGCAAGCAGAGAUCUGUCUCUCGAGUCGACGCUCGCACUUGCCAUGAUGCCCCUCUUGCUCAGCUGCUGCAAGCGAAAGUCUCUUGCGACAGAUGUGCUCUACGGCCAUGCACGGCUUUCCAAAAAUUCGGGUCGUUCCGAUCACAUCAGCAGCUCCAGCAGCCAUUCAUACUUCGAAGCUCAGAGCCGGCGCAAAGCGACGUGGUGCAUCACUCGCUGUUGUCCUGCAGCAGUCUUUUCUUCGGC